AGCACGUACAUAGUCUCGCGAGAACUCGUGCCAUGAUUACGUCGUUCUGGAAUAUGAGCGUGAUAGACGUGUAGCGAUCGAACGAAACGAUCGUGCGAUCGCAAAAGUUUGACAGAACUUGUCACGGAUUUCUUUUUCUCCACGAUUCGUCGGUCGAAUUAUAUCGAGAUUGUUAUUGUAUACAGGCAAUAUUUGCCGAUUCGUUCGAAUAGAAAUAAUUAUCAGAGAUAUCGGUUAAUUUUGCGCGGCGGUGUUUCGAAUGUGCCGGUGAAACAUAACCUUAUGCGAUGCGUCGUCCCCUGAUUCGCCAUCUCUCCGAGGGUGGUGCAGGUGACAAUACCAGUGCCAGGAGGCAGCAAUCCGUAAAGGAGGAUGAUCGUGCCAGUUACACCUGGAAUUGCCGCGAAUAUGGGCAUCAUCUGUCUUCCUGCGACCUUCUCAAGGUUCCGACAGCCCUCGGAUGCCGGGGGCAAACCACGUCGCCGGAGCCACGAAUCGCGAUCCACAGCGGCAGAAGUAAAUGGAUUGACGGACGAUUAGUAGAGUAUGUACAGAAGAAGAGGUGGAAUUCGGAGGAUGGAGGUACGAGGGGGAGACAACAGCUCGAGCAAUCCGUGUAUUGCGAGGCUGAGUCCCGGCGUAGCGCUUCCGAGGAGGAGAGGCAAGAUGUUCAACCGGGUGGCAAUCAACAGGAGAAGAUCAAGAGUACCACGCAAGAUUUAUUCGAAUUGCUGGAAAGAGUGCAGUGUUCGCGUCUCGAUGAUCAACGAUGCGUUCUACCGCCUUACUUCUCCCAGACCCCGAGGGAGGACAGGGCAGCGUCGAGUCCUGGUAAUCAGAAUAAUCACACACCCACACCAUCCCCGUCACCGGUCGGCGAUGCACCCGUUGGCAGGGCUCUUAUGGAGGCUGCGCUUCAGCAAGCCACUUCCGGAUCUCAGCCACCUCUGGUGGUGACACCGCCUGGUUACUGGGUCGACGGUACCGAUCAUCGACACGCCCUGGACUCGGCUGGCAGGGCGUUACUUCCGGCCCAGCCUGCAUGGCAACCGAGGAUAGACCAAGACGACACGGCCAAGUGUUACAGGCGAUUUUUCGUCGGCAGGGUAACGUAUAUAUAUAUAUAUAUUACUUCUAUAAUUUUAAACCGGUUAUUUAUUUCCGGUUCGUUAUUUCCUUUUCGUCAAUUUCGUUCGUGGUCGAAGAGAAGAAGAGGGAACGAAAAAGACGAGAAAUUAUCUACAUAUACACGGGACGAAUUCGCUGGACAGGAGCAUUGGAGGGUAUUGUUGCGGUUGCGGGCUGGCUCCACCCACGAAUUGGUACCGGCCGCGAACCUCGGCCCGAAUCCGUCACCCGCGAAAAUGGUCAAGGCCAUCAACGAAUCGCUGAACGUGAGCACUCUGAUGCCCGUUGUCUGUUCCGGUGCCGGCACACUGAUAGCCCGAUACGACGAGCACGCCUUGGUUUCGAGGUUUAAAUUCGGCGUACUUCAUCAACGCGCCGGCCAGGUGACCGAAGAGCAACUUUUUGGCAACAGGCAGAUCACGCCUGCUUUCCAAGAAUUUCUCGACCUGCUCGGGCAAAAGAUCGAUUUAAGGGAUCACAAAGGAUAUCGCGGAGGUUUGGACACUAGACACGGGCAAACGGGUGAUUCGGCGGUGUACGAGGUAUUUCGAGGCCGAGAAGUGUUGUUCCACGUCGCCUCCCUUUUGCCGUACAGUCCAGGGGACUCGCAGCAAUUGCAGCGAAAAAGACACAUCGGGAACGACAUCGUCGCGAUAAUAUUCCAAGAGGAGCCAACCCCUUUCAGUCCAGAUAUGAUCGCGAGCCACUUCUUGCAUGCAUUCAUCGUGGUACAAGUCGUCGACCCCUGCACACCUAAUACGAGGUACAAGGUCAGUGUAACGGCACGAAACGACGUUCCACUGUUUGGUCCUGCUUUACCGACUCCGGCUGUAUUUUUACGAGGAAUCGAAUUCAAGGAAUUCCUCUUGACGAAAUUAGUGAACGCUGAGAAUGCGGCGUAUAAAGCUGAGAAAUUUUCCAAGCUCGAGCUAAGAACGAGGUCAGCUUUAUUGGAAUCUCUGACGGAAGAAUUGCAAGCAAAGACGGCGGAAUUUCUCGGUGGAGCAAUUGGAUUCGGAGGCAGCGGUCUAACUUUCGGUGGGAAUUGUCCGGUAAGCCCAACGGGGAACGACGCAUCGGGAUCCGGUAGCAGUGGAAGUGGAUCCAGAUUUAUCGACACCGUGCGAAAAGCUCUGAUAUCGCGCGUUAGAAACGCGUCGACGGAAAGCGUGCCCCAACAGUUGUCGAAAAAGGGCCAGUCGGAGUCUAGUCCACCUAGCAAUCGACAAUCCACCACUAAAAUCAAUAGCAAACGUUCGGUGGAGCCCUCGAGCCCCUUGGGCUCGCCCGAUUUAACCCUUAGAAGAGAUUCUGAGCGUGGAAGUCCCAGCUUGGGCAGUCAGGACAGUAGUUUGUCGAACACGGAUAAUCAAGAUAGCAGUUUGGCCACUUUGCAGCAAGACGAGGUUGAUCGGAGAGAGUCCACCACAUCCAUUUGUGCCAGCAACGAUAACACGGUGGUGGACAAAAUUUCAUCCGUUCAAAGACUGACUCACGAAAAUUUGCGGAAGCAAGAGAGGUCGGAAAAGGUGGAAACAACUCAACGCGUUAUUUCGGAAAGUGACGACAGCUCGUUGAACAGCGAACUUGAACUGGAUCAGGUUGUAUAUCCUGACAGCGACACGGGCCUUGAAUCGAUGAGCUCGGCCGAAACGCAUGAUACCACGAGGUGUACCACCAAGGAUGGCGUUUUAGAAACCGAAAACUUAAGAAUGGAAGUCACGAGGCUUAAAUGCGAUAAAUUAGAUUUACUGAGGCAAAAUGUGACCUGCCAACGUGAUAUAAAACGUCUGCGAGAAAAGGAACUUCAAUUGCAGUCCGAUCUCGCAGCAGCAUCGAAGGAAAUUCUUCGAUUGAGAGCUAUGCUAAAAGAAUGUUCGACGAGUAUUCCAUUGGACAACAACAAUCAACAGACAUCUACCGUUUAAAGAUGGCUUUGAGAUACGUUUAAUAUGCCUUCAUCGGCGCAUAACUUCCCGUUGCAAUUAUUAGAUUUUAAUAAUUAGUUAGGCGCAUUAGUUGAAAACUCUAUAAAA